AUGGAGAAACCGCAAUUUGAUCAUCAGAAUUCUUCCGUCAGCAGCUACGGAGAUCUUACAGACUUCCAAAUGGAAGACACUGCAUCGUCACAUUUCAGCCACGAGAGGAACAACCACCAAGCAGAGAGAUUCCCUUCAUUGGAGAAACCUCGUUUUGAUCACCAGAACUCAUCCAGACAGCAGCUAUGGCAACCUCUUUCACAGAGCAAUCUUUCCAAAGACCAGAGACAUCAUCAUUUGACAGACUCAGCCCUGACCAGGACCACUAGCAAAUGA